GAGGACAUUCCGGAGGGGAGGGGGGAAAGCGCCCUUCUCUGCUGUCGUGAAAUAGGCAGACGGGUUGUGGCUGCGAAGAUGGCGGCGGCCGCAAUGCUGGGGGGUGAGUUUGGCAGUGGGGAGGGAGGAAGAGGAAAACGACGAUGGAAUGUGCCCAGGGGAGGGGGGCUGAGCAUUUCUCCACCACCCCACAAAACAAAACCUCCAGCUUCCUGCCCUUAAUGGUUCGUUUCUCGUUUUCAGGGGCCGCCCGAUUGUGGAGCUUCUUCAACUCCGUCCGGACCGGGAGGUGAGUCUGCCCUGCGAAAGGGUUUGGGGGCCGGUCGCUGUUGUGGCUGCGGAGGAGACCGCAGUAUCUCCCUCUCUCUCUCAGGGUGAUGAAGAGGCCUCUGGCGCACGAAAACAGCUAAUGCAAAGCUGUCGUCUUCUUCUUUGAAGGGCACUUUUUGUGCAUUUGGUGGUGUAGAAUUAUGGCGCCCAAUGCAGCACUUUGGUCGUAGUCAGUAUCCAGGAGUUCGAGCGCAUGACCAGCAGCAGUAACCACUGAGACUUAACAAACAAAUCUUCCAAAGGUUUCUGUACUCCGGUGCUUAACAGCCUUGUAUAGGGAUUGUGGGUUAGGCAGUGCUGUUGCCGUCAGCUGGAGAAGAAAGGGUUAGGCUGCUUGUGCCUCCAAGGCCCAACCUGCCUCUAGAAUCAUGGAAUCAGACUUGUAGAGAUGGAAGGAACCCUGAGGGUCAACUAGUCCAAUCCUCAGCAAUGCAGAUACAGUGGUACCUCGGGUUACAUACGCUUCAGAUUACAGACUCCACUAACUCAGAAAUAGCACCUCAGGUUAAGAACUUUGCUUCAGGAUGAGAACAGAAAUCGCGUGACGGCGGCGUGGCGGCAGUGGGAGGCCCCAUUAGCUAAAGUGGUGUCUCAGGUUAAGAACAGUUUCAGGUUAAGAAUGGACCGCCGGAACGAAUUAAGUACGUAACCAGAGGUACCACUGUAUAUCAACUAAAUCAUCCAUGACAGGUGACCAUCCAACCUCUCUGUGUCUGCUUUCUUAAAUCAGUGCAGGAACAGAAAACAUCAUCCAUCAGCAGCUACUAGGCUGCCUGGCUGAGGAAUUUGCAGCCUUGAAGUGACAGUAUAUAAAUGCAAUCAAUCAAUCAAUCAAUCAAUCGGAGUAUCCACCUGAUGGUGAAAUGAAACACCCUCAGAUUGUCCUUGAGUACAGAUAAUAUUUAAGUGAAUGAAGGUAUGUGUAGAAUGUCUUCACUCUCAGGUUAUCAUGCCUUGGACGUCAUUUCUUGGUAACCUCUAGAAUGGACUGCUUUGAAGAGGGUCCAACAAUUACAUUUAGUUCACAGUACAGCUGCCAAAUUGCCAGAAAGGACCAGGCACUAUAAGUCAAUUGCUCUGCUUCCUGAUCAGUUUCUGGGCUCAGUUUAAAUCCCUUCACAAUUUUGGACCAGAAUAUCUAAAGGAUUGUGUCUCCCCACGUGUGGUUAAGAUAUGUAUUAGAGGUUUUUCUUAAAGUUGACGUGCAGCAGGUGAUUACUCUGGAAAGCCUCCCCCCCAUCAUCAUCACUGAACACAGGAGCCUUUGAUAGGGUACAAAAAUGUUUAUGAAACUUCACUCCUUGUCCCUCAGCUGCAGAGUUACUAGGAAAGAAAAGUGGAGGCCAGCAUUUCAUUAGGUGACCAGGAGGGAGCACACUUCUACCGCACAAUGAGAAGCCAUUCUCAUUCAGUAGGGUAUUACAGAGGAACAGUAGGGCUCUGAUCUUCGUUAAUGAAGAAUCACAGGGGAAAGAUUUGGGAAGAAUAAAAACACAUGCACAGUUUUUAUUUUAUUUUAUUUCAGUGAGAUUACACUUAUCUGCAUGGUUAAUGAAUCACACCUUUAUAUAAGAUGGCUUUAAUGAGUAUAAUCCAAAGCCAGUAUUUUGCAUCCUAAUGGCAAAAAUAAGCAAUAGUUUCCAUUUGUUUCCUUUGGAGAAGUUAAUUCUAGAAUUGAAAUUCUUCUGGAAUAAUUCUGUUACUGGUCCAACCAACAGGAUCUAACAAACUUGGGCUGUGCUGGGAGACAGCUUGUGCCUGCUUUUAAUUUUACAGGCUGUCUCUUGGUAUUUGAAUACCAUUGUGAAGACACAAAAUACAAAUGUGCAUGUGCAUAUUUUUACAGAUGGAAAAAUUGAACAUUUCAGGAAACUUGAUAUAUAUUUAAAAUAUAUAUAUAUAUAUAUAUAUUGCUUUUUAUGGACAUUAACAUGAUUUGAUAGUACUAGCUGAGACCCAAGGUGGAUAAAUGCUUUUUUAAUUAUGAAAAUAAUUUAAAAGAUAUGUAUCUGUAAAUACGAAUAGCAAUAGGUAUUUCCUGUGUUCUCUCUAUAGGGGUGUCUUGAGCACUAGAGGGUGCCAUCACCUAACGGUUUCUUGCACAUGGGUAAUUUGUCUCUGCUGAAAUGUGACUGGAUAUGGAGACAGUGGACAGAAACUAAAGAAAAAAUAAAUAUUCCAGUGCCCAAGUUGUGUUUCUCAGACAGAAAUUCUCCUAUGCUAUAUGGCACCUUGCUUCUGAAAUUGAGGAGGCUAUAAAAAGAAUUUUGCAAUAUUCCAGAAGCUUCUGUGCUUCAGAAACGAGUGGAUUUGUUUUGCUUGUUUUAAAUACCAUUGAUACUGCAGAAGCCUUAGUUAUUUCUAUGGGUCACAGCUGUGCGAAUGGAUCACAUGGAACUACUGGCUGCGUCUCACAGCCUGUGAAUUGCAUCCUACACUGCAUGUGGGGAGUUCUGCUCACACAAUAGGACUUCCUUUUCUGCUGCUCUCCCCGGGCACCCUUAAAAUUGGCUUUGGGGGGUCUUCCAACCCUCUGGAGCAGAUUUUAAGGGUGUGUGUGCGGGGAAAGGAGGGAAAUGUUCAAUUGUGCAAGUGGAAUUCUACCACACUAGUUGAGCAGCAGUGUUGGAUAUGGCCCCAUGUGAGCAUUUUAUUCAGCCUUGGGACCUUUCCCUCUUUCUGCAAGUGGCAAGAACUGAUGUAGCCCUGCAAAGAACAACUGGGCCUGAAUUCUUGCAUAGUCAUUUUUGGGCAUCAAUAAGUUCUUACAGUGUUCCAGAGGGAAACUUAAAGGGCCUUAGUCUUAAGAAGAUGCCAGGCACACUUUGUAUCACUAACAAAUUCUAGGUCUUUGUCAUUAUCUGAAUAAAAUUAUAAAUAACUUGCACGUAUUCUACACGGCACCUGUACGUGCCAAAUAAGGUAAACAUAAAAGGCCACAAUUGUGAUUCACAAGACUGUAAGCGUAGAAUUCUCAAUGACAGCUCAGAAGGGGAAACUCCAUAUGCAUUGGAAAUUUGCCUUCUCAUAAUACCUUUCAUGCUAUGAAUGCCUGGCAGCUUUAGUGUCCCUCCCACAACUAACCAGUGUGUAAUCUUUUUCAAGGAAGUAAGCAAAGCUGAAUUAUAAAAACUGCUAAUCACUGAAAUUCUUUCCUUUCCCCCCAGAAAGACCCAGCUUUAUUAUUUUCCUGUCUCCAAUCCCAGGCCAGAAGUUAAAUCAUUUAGUUGGAAUAAUAAGAGAAGUACUGGGAGACAUAUGCCCAAAUUAAAACGUUUAGUGUGUGGUUUCUGUUAGUUACUUCAAGCUCAGCUUUUCCCAUAUAGUGUAUCUAACUGAAUCAAUACCACUUCAUUUAAUAAUUGAUAUUGAAUAUAUAUUAGGAGCAUAUGCCCAUAAUGUAUAAAUAGGAUAACAUUAUGGAUGCUGCCUAUUGGGCUAUCUUUGCCCCCUUUCCUUGCAUUAGGCCUACUGCCCCUCAAACCAGCAGGGUAAUUGAGCCAUCUUGGAGUAUGUUGCUCAUUGAUUAGGAGAGACAAUGAAAGAGUACGUUCUGAUAAGUUGGGAUGAAAAGCAUCUAGCAAUCAACUUCUUAAGUGAUUAUUAUAAUCUUGGUGGAAUGACAAAUUCUUGUCUCACAGGUUACUAGCACCUUGCAGUGUUCCUCUUCUGUCAAAUAUCCAUACAAGUGCAUCUCUUGGGGAUAUUGGAAGAUGGGAAAAGAAGAAUAGGAUGGUUUAUCCUCCACAGCAACCAGGAGAACCUCGAAGACCUGCAGUAAGACUUACAUCUAUAUAUUACAGAAUUGUAGAGCAAUGAACAGGGGUUCAUUUUGUCUAUUUUUGCAAGGUUGUAAUUUCCGAGAACAAGGUUGGCACCGCAUUUGUAUCAAAUGCACAGGCCUAAAUGUUGGAAGCAAUGACUCCCAUUUAAAAACAACAACAAUUUGUUAAAUUUUUUGAAAAGCAAUAAAAAUUAAUUCACAAAAAAGGAAGCAGUGACUCCCAGACUUACCACAUCUCAGCAGCUCUUUGGCACAAUUAAUGACUGAAAUAAAACAUGAUUUGUUUAGGAUCCUUACUCAGUUUUCAUCCACAAGCCUCUUUGAGUUCUGUCAGGGAAAAAGACAGGGUAUUGGUAUUGGUAUUAUUAUUAUUAUUAAUUCCAGCCCUCCCAAUUUUGAUUUUGUCCUCCGUAAUAGCCAGUCAGUCUUGCAUGUCAGUCCUCACUGGCUGGUUUUUUUAAAAGAUUUUUAAAAGUUUUUUUUUUAAAUGUAAGGUCAAAAGUACAAACGAUGUAACUUUGCUUAGUAACUGUGGUUAUGUUUUUCUGGUUUGUUUGUACUUUAGAAUUUAUAUUAAGAAAAAGCUCAGUGGCCAUUAUUUUGUGUGGUGUUUUUUUGUUUCACUAAAGAUGUACUGCACUUCUGCAGACCUUGUGGUUUUCCUGAACAUGUUGAAACCUCCUUCCAUUUUGGCUACAUAAGGAUCCAGUCUCAGGAAAUUGAGUUUGCUGUUAGUAUCUAGGAUAUGUGUGCUUGGCUAGAUGGCCAAGCACAUCAUACUAAGUAAAGUAUCAUUUAUUUUAUUCCCCCCCUCUGGUAAACAAAAUAGAUGCUGGAUCUUGAAUAGACAUCAUAGGAUAAGGCAUAUGUAUCCCUAAUUCUGUAGAAAUUGAGUCUCAUUCUGUCUGCUGUGUACAGCUAAUGGGUUUUAUUCUGGCCUGAAUUUCACUGUGAUCGCAUCCUUAUUUCUCCUGCCUUGGGCUGUACUUAGAAAACUGUAGCCGUAGUGGUACCCUUGUCAGCUUCCAUUGUGUGCGGAACUAGAUAAACUAAAUAUUAAAAGGCUGGUCACUGCAGGAAAGAGAUGCUAUUUUUAAAAAAGCUUGAAAUCACUAGCUGGUAGCAUGAUAUAUGGGGCACUUGGGAGACUUGUAUGAAAACUCUUUCAAGUUUUCCCAUCAGGUAUAGUAAUCUUGGUCUUGCAUUUUUUACAGCUUUUCUUUACCUUUAAAUAAUGAAUUUACUGUCAGAUGGUUUGGCUUGCUGCUGAGCACAGCUAAAAUGAAAAAUGGUUUCACUGCAGACAAAUACAGUAUUUAUUUUUAAGUUCCUCAUUUUUGUCUUCUGUGCGCAUUUAUCGGCUCUGCAAGCAAUAUGAUUUGAAGUAUACACACUAUAUUUUUGAGCAACAAAGCACACAUGAAAUUUCACUUCUCAAGUGAUUAAUGUAUCUGGGUGAAUUUUGCUUCUCUUUUACAAAGCUUUUUUAAAAUAUAUAUAAAAAUGCAUUCCCAUUCUGUAGCUGGUACUGGACCUUACGUGUGUUAGCAAAACAGUAGUUGUGAAGGGAUUAUUAUAAGCAGCUUUUUAAUCAGUUGUAUAUUGAGAACUUAACCUGCACUGACCUAUUUUGUUAGGCUUGCCAUACAACAAUAAAUUGUUGAGCUUUUUUUGGGGGGGGCGGAAAUUAUUGAGCUUCUUGAGCAUGGGUUGCCAUACGUCUGGAUUUUCCUGGACAUUUCAGCAAUUACUGCCAGGACACUGUUUCCGACGGCCGAAUCCUGGCAGUGUCCAGGAAAUUCCAGACAUAUGCCAACCUUAUGUUCUGUGCAUUAAUUUCAUGAAAUGUAUCUCACCUAUGAAGACUGACUGAGGCACAGCUGAAAAUUAGUAUGGUAGCUGAACAGCUUUGUGUUGAGCAGUGCUAGAAAAAUCUGUGUCAAAGGCCUGUUGGCUAAUUUUUGCACCUGGAAAAUGGAAAGGAUGAAUUCGUUUCAACACGGAGUGAACUGCAUGUGGAGCAUGGAUCCUUUCCUUCCAUGGCCAGCUGCAAAGAUCAACAGGUGUUUGCAGGUAGGAGAGGGAGAGGCAAGCAGACCCAUUCAGCACUGUGGUGGGGGAAGAGUACUGGAAGAAAGUGGGGUCAGGGAAGACCCAUGGCAGUGCAUAGCUAGACAAAGCAAGCAGCUGGUCAGCUGUUCCCUAUGUUAUCUGUAAGUCUGUAUUAAAUUUCACUGCUUCAGUAUACAGUGGUACCUUGGUUUACGACCAUAAUCCAUUCCGGAGGUCCGUUCGUAAACCAAAACAGGUCGUAACCCAAGGCGCACUUUCGCCAAUGGGGCCUCCCCCCAAAAAAAGCAGGUCGUAAUCCAAAAAAAAUUGUUCGUAAACCAAAAUAAUUGUUCGUAAUCCUAAAAAACUGGGCCGUAAUCCAAUUUUUUUUUUUUGCAAACUGGGAUGCGCACUUCCGGGUUUGAAUUGGUCGUAAUCCAAAAUGGUCGUAAACUAGGCUGUUCGCAAAUCAAGGUACCACUGUACUAAUGUGUGCCCACCUGAGAAGGGACUAUAGCUUUGAGGUAGAGUGCAUAUUUUGCAUGCAAAAGGUCCCAAAUUCAAUUCCUUGCAACCUCCAGUUAAAAAAAAAAGAUAUUUUCUAGCAAGCUCAGAAAAUAUAUAUUCCUGAGAACCUGGAGAGAUGCUGCCAAGUAGGGUAGGUGAGACAGCAGUAUGAUGCACCAUUUCUGAUAUCUUUUUAAUCUGCACCAAGUCAUUGCAUAGCACUGUUUAAAGGUAGGAACAAGUCAGCCAGACUAUAGUUGGUGACCAUAAAGCUGCCCACGUGAAAUACUAAGCGUUAUUUAUUAUGUAGUAAGAGACAAAUAACACAACAUAGUUGGAAUUAGUUUUCGCUGCUUCCAUUCUUGCCUGUUGCCAUGUAAAGUCUGUCUGACAUAAUUUUUGGCAGGUGGAGGAGGAAAUGUUUUCUGUUUUCAAAGUAGUAGAGGAACUGGGGGUGGUGGGGAGAAAACAAAAGACAUUGUUGUCCCCAGAACAUAAACAUCUCUUUUAUAUAGGAAAUAUACCACUGUCGAAGACACAUUAAAUACAGUAAGGACAAGAUGUGGUACCUGGCAAAACUGGUAAGAGGAUUGAUUUUUGUAGGCUUAAUCUUGUUAGGAUUAUGAGAUUUCUAUUCUUGGUGAUGGUUGUAUUUUCGUGCCCUAUUUACACGGGGUUGCAUUUGAUUUUUUUAAAAAACCCUUUCCUUGUAAAAGCCCUGGAUAAAAUGUUACGUAAGUUUACUUAAAGAAGCAGAGGAUGCUUUGCGCUACUGUGCUAGAAUAUCCUGCUUUGCCAUUUUGUCCCGGUUGGGGGGUGGGCGGGGAAUAUACCAGGAGAAGAUUUAGAUAAUAUAAACUUUUUGGUGGGAUGCAUGGAGUGUAGCAAAUACUGAAAAAUGAAGAAUUACUUAAAUUUCCUCUGGAAAAGCAAAAACAUUGCAGGAUCAUUUGCAGAGGUCACGUCAGGUCAUCUGUAUCUGUUGACUAUGGUUUCCCAUGUUACAGUUUCCAUGUGGAAACCUUUUGAAACUUUAUCCAUGCCCUAAACUGUUAUUUAUGUGUGGAAAACAUUAUUAGUGACAGCUUAUGCCAGGUGAAGGCAAGCCACAUAGUGGGGGCUGAUCAUACAGCAAUUGCAUAGGUUGCUGUGUCAAGCAGCUGCACAUGAAAAUAGUUUUAAAUAGCCUUUUCCUUUCUGCAAAACCCCAGCCAGCAUGGCCAGCAGUCAGGAAUAACAGGAGUUGCAGUCCUUCAGAUUUGAAAGCCUUAUUCAUCAGAAGCUUUCUAUUUAUUUAUUUUGCAGUGCAUUUGAGAUUAGGAAUUUUUCUUCUCGAUAUCGAUUUGGUAGUCCUUAAUGCUCUUUGUCAGAGUUUUUGUUUGUUUUAGUUUUUUGUACCAUAGCACUUCUAUAAAACUGUAAAGCAACUCAGUGUUGCAUAGUUCUUCUACACUGAAACUGAUGGUUAUAAUGUGGUUUGUUUCACUAUAUAUGAAUUAUAUACUGUAUUGAGAAUUUCUCCCAUCUCUGUGUUGCUUUUCAUUUCAGAUACGAGGCAUGUCCAUAGAUCAGGCACUAGCUCAGUUGGAAUUCAAUGACAAAAAGGGAGCAAAAGUGAUAAAAGAGGUAUGUUACAAGUUUCUUUAGAAUGUAAUCUACCAUUCUCUAUUAAAUCCAUAUAUUUCUAUCUUUUAGAUGAUAUUUCUGGGCUAGUUCAUAUUGUUUAUAACUGGCUUAUUCUUUUAUAAGCUUUGGAUUGUAUGCUGUAUUUUUGAACAAGUUGGUGAACUGCUUAGAGAACUUUGUUAAAUACAACACACACACACACACACACAGAGAGAGAGAGAGAGAGAGAGAGAGAGAGAGGGAUGUGUGUGGCUGAGAGCUUGCAUAGUAUCUUGCAGAAGUCUCUCAUUCUCACUCAGUGUUGUGCUAGUUGAUGUGGGUAUAUCUAAUUUUCCUGGCAGGAUUUUUAUGCCUGAAAUGGCAUUUCCACUUUUGUGCUGGCAAAAGUGUAAUUAUAUUGUUUGGCACGUGUGGCAGGGAAGCCUCUGACUCUGGAUGUAGUGGCACAGAAUGUAGAGAGAUUUUGGGAACUAGACUUCUGUGUGGGAAAAGAAAGUUUUCAAUUUGGCUGGGGUUAAAAUCUGCCACAGGACAUGUUGCCAUGAGGUAGGGAAGCUAAUAAGCAAAGUACCCUAAGGCAAGGAAGUUGAAGAAAUACAUUGUUUCCUUUUUUAAUUUAAAGGUGAGUAGGUAUUACUGUGCAUAUGAAAACUCCAGGGUUAAAAAUUUACAUAAUCUUAAUUUGUAAUUUUUCCUUUUUUACAAUAGGUCCUUCUAGAAGCCCAAGAAAUGGCCGUGAGGAAGCAUAAUGUAGAAUUUAGAUCCAACUUACACAUUGGUAAAUAGUGUAUUAUUAUAGAAGACAUAUUCUAAAGUUUGGCAUCUCUGAGUAGCCUUGGCAUGAGAAAAUUUCUCUACUGUAAGGUCACAUUAAAAAAUUUCAAAUUAAAUGUUGGGUUUUAAAAAAUGUAAUCCAUGCUAAGGAUGAUUGAUUGUUUCCCACUCCAAUCAAAUAUUUUGGAUCAAAUAUUAUUGUUUAUUGGAAAAACUUCCAUUUAUACAGCAAGUAAAAUACACAUGGCAUACCCACCCCCCCACCCCCAGUUUUGCUUACUAAACACAACCUAACUGAUCCCAGUUGAUUAAGGGCAUCAGAAAAUGUUGUGAUUUUUUUAUUCCUGCCCCCCUCACAAAGAAAAAUCCCACAAAAAUUCGAUGAAAGCUUCAAAAUGGAGGGUUUUGUAUGUCUCUGUGUCCUGCAGUUUCUUGGUUUAUUAAGUACUGAAAUGUCAUGAGAGCUAUUACAUAAAAAUCAGUGGGAUAUGUCUAAGAUGAGGAUGUCAGAUUCAUUGUGUUGAUUUUGAGUAUCUGUGUGCUUAGAUAGGGGAAAGGUUUAAUCCCAACAUGUAAAGCCUACUGAUUACCUGUAUACACAAGACUUCACAAGUUUUACUGAGUGCUUUCAACUUCAAUGGGAGUUCUUGGCCUACUAGCCAUUUUAUGUAGAGUACAGAUUCCUUGGAGCAAAUAUAUUUCAUUUCUCAAAUUCUGGCAAGGAGUAGACUUGCCUGAUGACAUCUUCCAAUAGAUUAAAGAUAGGCUUCUAAUUUCCUAGCACUGUUGGGGAUAGCAGCAAUUUUACAAUCAGCAUACUUUACUGAUAGCUGCAUAAAAAGUAGGGUAGACCUUUGAAAAGUUAUCCAACCUGCAUGUGGAUUAAGUAUAACUUCAGUUCUUGCAGGUGUGGUUGUUUGACAUUACUUGCCCUAGCAUUUGUAUACAUGAAAAGUGCAUUAUUCCAUAUGGGUCUUAAACACAAUAAUCCAUUUUUCACCAUCAGCCCAUUUCUGUUGGUUUGUAAUUCAUUUUGCUGUGGCAGGUUAGCCAGCAGUUUACACUUCACUUCCCAGCAACUGGUCAUCUUUCAACCUUUAAUUGAGGUAAAAAGGUUCUAAAUUAAGUGCAUUUAGAUCUGGCAUUUAGGUAUAGCUCUCUGAGUUCUCCAUAUCAAAUGGACCCUUUUAACUUACCUUUAUAAUGCUGCUGUCAUAGGAAGCUCAUUUCUCUUUUAAACAUAUGAUGACAAAAAGCAGUAUAGAAAUGGCUUCUAGCAAAGGGGGAAAUAAAAUGUCACUUUGUCAUGAUUCAUAACGCCUCGAGUGGACGUUCUAGGGCAAAGUGACUGACCAGCUUAGUGAAUUAUGCUUUCCUAGGGGAAGGCUUAAAAUGGGUGGGGUGGGUUUUGGCUGCACAAAAACCUUUGAUAGAUGAAACUCACAGUUAUAGAAGAAAUACUUCGUGAAAUACUUAGUGAAAAAUGAGUAACAGUAGUAGUUUUCAUUAAUUUGUUUAAUGUUUUUGCUGCUGGUUGACACAGGUCCUGUUUUUUCACCCAUUUAAAAAAAAUAUAUAUUUUCUUGUGUACUAAUUUUUUUUAUGCCAUGUUGCUACCACACUUCUUUAAUAAAGUUAGUGGUCUGCCUAAAUGGGGGUUGGGGCAUUCUGAAGGUAAAGGAUUUGCAUAUAGCUUUAUUGUAGGCCCAGAUAAAUAAACAGAACCGGUACAUUUUUCUAUGGUUUGUUUUCUAAUUUUUGACGUGACACAUUAAAAAGAGAAAUCCUGGUCCGUCAAGGCAUUGAGUGAGCCAGAUUUUUUUAAAAAUAGAAUUUAUGUUAUGGCCUGCAUUCUCCCUUUCUUUUAACGUCUAUUUUAUGUCUUCUAGCUGAAUCCUUCUCUGGAAAAGGGCACUACCUGAAAAGGAUCCGUUACCAUGGCAAAGGCUUUUUUGGCAUUAUGGACAAAGUCAAGUGCCAUUACUUUGUGAAAUUAGUAGAAGGCCCACCUCCACCUCCAGAGAAACCAAAGACUGCUUUAGAUCACGCAAAGGAGUAUGUGCAGCAGCUGCGUAACAGAACCAUUACUAACACAUUAUAAUAUUCCCCACUGCGUUGUUCCCUUUUUUUGUGAUAACCAUGUAAAUAAAGUACAUUUUAAAAAUCA